AUGUCUAAGAGCCUGGACAUCCCCGAGCGCCAGGUGCUUAUCAGUUUCUGGGGCGACCCGAACGGACUGCGGUACCACGGACGGGUCUUGCUUUUCGCCACUCUCACUCUGGGAAAAUGGAUUGUUGGGACUCCCGACUUCGAUGUUCAGCUAGCCGACGUGUCAGAGCAUCGCGUCAUCCCCCUCGGCCGCGACGAGGAUCUGCCCAGGCGGCUCUUGGCCGAGACUUACUUCUUCGACGUGCCGAUCGAGCCGGAGUCACUGGCUCGCACGCGUCGUGCAGGACGCGACCUUCUCGAGGUCUUCGGGCUGGUGGGCGCCGCCGGCGCUCUGCAACAGGGGGGCCGCUGGCGUGCCGGGGACCCCGCGCACGACGCCUUCGGCGACGAGAUCCCCGAGGGUGUGAUCGGCGACGGCGAUCAGAUGGCCAUCCGCGAGAACACGGCGCUCGUUCGCAUCGACGAGGAGUGGGUCGCUGCCGCCCUGGUCGAAGGGUCCGAGCCCUCCGAGUGGAAGCGCUUGAAGGCCACGGGGCCAGGGCGCGACCCGCGCCUCCUCGGCGACGAGCGCGCGGGCGGUCAGCCGCGCGUGAGUUUCCCGACCAUCGCCAAGCUGUCAAGUCCAGUGAACCGCCCAGGGUGGCCUUUCCAGGGCAAGCCAGCGGCGACGGAGCUUCAGCGUGCCUUGAUGACCGCCAACCGCGACUUCACCAGCCACCACCUCGACUGGCGGACCAAGUCGGGGGUGAACCAGCACGGGGUCGUCUGCCGCGUCCAUCGGCGUCUCUGCGAGACGCUGUCGACCCUCUACUCGUACGACCAGGUCGACCCCGCGAACGUGGCGGGCGCCGAGUACCUCAGCCGUCGGCUGUUCGAGGUCGAGACGGCGGUCCGCCGCUGCCCGAAGGUGCCCGACUUCGCGAACCUGGAGGGCAUCUUCGCGGCGCCCCUCGGCGAGGAUGGACGCGCCUUGCUCCCCGAGUUCGGCAGCUUCGUGUCGGGCCUUCAGCGGGACGAGGCGCAGCGCCUCAAGCAGAUGCGACUCUGGCGCGAGGAGACGGGCCACCAGGCGCAGGGCGGCGGAGGUCCAGAGGGAGGGGGCCUGCUCGGCUCAACCCCCGACGACGUUUGCCUCGCCGCCGCCUUCGCCGAGCUCGGCGUGGGCGCCGAGCUGAUCGAGGUGACUAUCGUGCGCUUCGUGGCCGUGCUCACGGCGAUCCUUUCCCCCUUCCGGACUUGGGCCAAGGUGUCGCGCCUCCCCUCUCGGCCAGCUUUGACGCCGAGCGACGCUUUCUACGGCCUCCUGAAGUCCACGGACAUGUGCUCAGACCAGCCCCAGCACGUUCGACCCUACGACCCGUCGAAGCUUCGGGCCCUGAGGGGUUUGGUCACGCCGCGGCCGCUUCGUGACAGGCUGCCGCCGGCUGGCGCCCAGGCCCUCGACAACGCUGACAGCGUGACUUACCGCGCCGCCUCGGAGAUCGACGCGCUGGCAGAGCAGGGGCUUAUCACCCCAGUGCGGCCUUGCUGGGGCCCUCGCCUCCGCCAUGACAGGGCGGCUCGCAGGGACUUCAUCACGCGCCUGCACACCGUGGGAGUGGUAGGGUUCAGGUUUGGCAUCCGCGCCCGGAUCGGGGCCUUCUUUGUCGCCAAGAAGGACGGCAUGCUGCGCCUAGUCCUCGGCGGUCGUGAAGCUCCGAGCCUACGCCGACGGCCCCCUCACUCUGCUCUCGGCUCUGCGGGGGCGCUGGCUGGCCUUGGCACCUCACCUUCGGCGCUGCGUCGAGCGGGCCUCUCGGACUCUGACGUCGACCCGCAUGGCGCUGGCGUGGACCUGCGCGACGAGUUCUACCAGUUCGUCGACGACCUCGCGGACUGGUUCGGGUUCGACUUCCCAGAGCCCGCAGGCUAUGUUGGUGACCCCGACGAUUAUUUCACGGACGUUGGCACGGCCCCCGACGAGAUCUGCGCGGAGUUGGACCGCGCGAACCUCGCCUACCACGAGAAGGUCGAGCCGACCCGUCUCUACGGGUCUGUCGGGGUGGUCUUCGAUGGGCAGGCGCGGAAGCUCAGGCACACCGACAAGAGGGCCUGGAAGCUCUAUUUGGGCCUCCAACACCUCAUAGGCGUAGGCGGGGCCACAGGCUACGCGCUCCGCAUCAUCUACGGGCACCUCGUGAACUUCUUCAUGCUGAUGCGGCCCGCCUUGGCUGUGCUCGACCUGGGCGACCACUUCGUCGCGGAGCACCGCGAGAGGUUCGCCGAGUUCCAGCCCGACCUCUUGGGCGAGAUCCGUGUCGCCAAGGGCCCGACCUUCCUGGUGGAGGUGGACCUUGGGGCGCCUUGGGCCCAGGUCACUUACUGCAGCGACGCCCGCACCUACGGCUACGCGUUGCACGAGGCCUGCCUGACGGACGACGAGCUGCUCGACACCUUCAGCGUACGGGAGCGCUGGCGCUUCCUGGACGUAGAGCCCGCCUUCCAGCCUGGCGCGGCCGACGGGCCGCCCUCCGCCAUCGCCGCCGAGGCCACAGCUACCCUCGCGGCGGGGCUAGUGGGCGACCCUGCUUUCGACCUUGACGACGAGCAUCGCGGGGGCGCCUGCCUGGACCGCCGGCCCGCGCGCACGGCCACGCUCGAUCUCGACGGGAUGGUGACUCCCGUGGCCGACGCCGUGGUCGACCGCCAUCGUUGGGCUCUGUUCGUCCAAGGCGCCUGGAGGUACGCGGCCCCUAUCCGCGUGAAGGAGGCGCGCAUGCAGCUGCUUGGCUUGAUCAGGGCCUCGCGGAGCACCCGGAUGCACGGCCAUCGCGUGGGCAGCAUGGGUGACAACAUGGCUGCCUUCCUCAGCUUCGAGAAGGGCCGCGCCCGUGACUUCGCCCUCAGACAGCUCU